GAGUUUUCAACUGCAUAUCAUGGUAUCCAGAACCUCCACUGGUUCCCUGAUCCAAUUCGAAGUCCUUCGCCUCACUCAUAAAGCAUACCACAACCAGGCCCCCUCCUACCUCACUGACCUGCUCCACCACCAUACUCCUUCCUGAAGCCUCUGCUCAAACCUCCUGUCUCCGCCACUCAGGACUAAGCGUCGAGCCUUUUCCAUAGGUACCCGAUCUGUCUGGAACUCUAUACCUAAACACAUCCAUGCUCAAAUAACUAACGAAAACCCAUCUUUUCAGAACAGCUUUUAAUAUAUGAUCAACUGUUGGGUGUUGUCUAUAUAUGUGUUGCUAUGGCAACUGGUAGCUGGGUUGUAGAAGCAGCAGCCGGUAACUCCUUCAAACAUCGCUACACUUUUGUUUUUUAUCUGCUAUUUGCCAAAAUGUGUUACCUCUGACAUUAAUACAGUCAUUGGAAGAUGAAGUCAUCAAAGAGCAGCAGACCACGAUCCACCCGGCCCAAACAACCAGACCAGGCGCCACAGCAGGUGCCGUGAUCGCUCAGAGGAGAGGAAAGAGAGCCAGGAGAGGAGCCAUGCUGGCCCAGCUUGGACUUAUUCUGCUCAUAAAGAGCCAGUCUGGACAAAAUGGGACCCAUGUUGACCAGACAAUGGAAUUCAGAGACUGCUGUGCCCACAUUGUUACAGAGACCUGCACCAUCAACAUCCCGGAUCAAGCACUCAGCAGCCGAAGACAAGGAAGGAAAUGAACAAAUCACUCAGGAGGUCAAAUAUAUGGGAGGCCUGAUAGGCGGCGGAAUCAUGGUCCUAAUUCCUGCCAUCCACAUUCAUCUGACCAGUGCUAAGAACUGCUGUGCCAACCGUUGUGGGAUGUUUCUGUCCAUUGGUUUUGCAGCAGUUGGUGUGGCGGGGGCCGUGUACAGUCUGAGCGUUGCGGCCCUGGGCCUUGCUAAUGGGCCAACGUGCUUCUGGAGCAAUGAAAACAACCUCAUUCCAAAAUGGGGGACACCCUUCGCCAACAGUAAUGGGAGCUACCUGACUGACAAGGAAAUGUGGAAAUGGUGUCAAGUUCCGAAGAAUGUGGUUGAAUUCAAUGUGGGACUCUUCUCCACACUGCUAGUGGCAGCAUGCAUAGAGCUUGUCCUCUGUCUCAUCCAGAUGGUUAAUGGACUGUUUGGAUGUCUCUGUGGGACCUGCUCCGGCAAGGAGAUUGUGAUGCAGAUUGUGAGACGUUUUUACUACACUUAG